UUUCUCCGACGGCACUACGUAGUCACAAUUGUGUGCCAACAUUGAAAAGUCGAUUGCCAACGUGAAAUUGUUGCUUGAUUUAAAAUAUAUUUUUCUGCCACAUUAGCCACUUUAUUGCACCUGUGCACAGUUUGUUGUGUUCUUUUGCAACAGUUAAUUGAAUUGUUCAACAAAGUUUUUCCUCGUAGCUAGUGGUUUGACAAAUUCGAUUACAAAUUUGAUCUCCGCUCGCGACAACAGUACCUCGAGCAAAAGGAAAAAUAAUCAAUUAUCUUUUUUUUGUGGGGUGCCUGCAAAGCAGUGAAAAAGUAUUCAAACUGUUGAAUUUGCCGCAAUUAUACUUGCAAACAUCAUCGUCAUCAUCUCAUAGUGCCCGGAGUAGUAAUAUGCCUGUUCACGAAUUUAGAGUGGAAAUGACUUGUUCAGGAUGUUCCAACAGCGUGGAGCGUGUUUUAAACAAGUUGGGUGCGGAAAAAGUGGAAAAGGUCAGUAUCGAUCUCGAUUCGAAAACAGUGCUUGUGACAUCGAAUCUGACUUCAGAUGAAUUGUUGGAAACUAUCAAGAAGACUGGCAAAGCGACGCAAUAUGUAGGGGUGAAAGAAUGAAACGAACUUUUUUGCAAGUUCCGCAAAAUUGCCAAAUUAAAAAUGGAAGUUUAAUGGAUGUAAUCAAGUAAGUAUUCAAGAAUUAAAGUGGCGGCGAUAGGCUCAACAGUGAAACUGUAAAAGGCCAAUUAAAUUUAUAUUUUGCGAUUAUAAAAAAAAAAAACAAUAAAAAAUCGUUACCUAUAACGAUCCAUUGAGUUAUACUCUCAACAAAUAUAAUUAAAUUAUACAUUUAAUUAAAAUUUAAAUUCAUAAAAAGAACAAAAUGGACCAGUAAAAUUGUAUCUCUUUAAAGAUUAUAUGUAUUUACAUAAUUAGCGAGUUCAUCGUACAUUUAAUGUAAACCACAAAUUUUAAUAUACAAAAAAGAAAAAUAAGUAAAAAUUUAUUCGCAUUGGCAGUAUGUAUAUUAAUAGAUACAUAUUUACAAAGCAAAGUCGAUUUACACAAAAUAAUCUAUUUAAAAUAAAAAUAUAAAUGUAGCCAUCGUCAAUUUUCAAACCUAAUGUUAAUCCAAAAAAAGUUCUAUCAAAAAUUUAAAGAAUAAACUCGAAAAACAAUCCAAUUGAAAAAAAAAACUAAUUAGUAAGGGGGUGUUCAAUGGUUUGCUAAACACUAUAAAAAUUGUCAUUUUGACUACACUCAAUUAUUUUUCUAGAGGUUCCCAAAUCUUGUAAGUAAUAAUUUAAUACAAUGUAAAUUGUUAACGUACAAAGUUUAAAAUACAAACAGAAAUACAUACGUAUGUACACAUCACAUUUAAUGAAUUACAAA